AAUCCCAAACGGAUCAGGAAGUGACGUUGUUUUAAUGAUUUCAUCGCAAUAAAUGGAACCAAGUCAUCGAGCCACUGAAUCAUAGUUAUCUAAGUAAACAUACAUUGAAACGUUCCUCAUUAUGUCAAUAAUCGUAUCGUCAGAUCAUCAUUGAACUGAAUAUAUUCCGAAUAAAAAUUGUCCGUUGGCGUUGAUACAAGUGUCCGCCAUCUUUCAUCGCCAGUUUUGUAAAAAUCGUAAUGGCCAAAAAGACGUAUGAUCUAUUAUUCAAGUUAUUACUCAUCGGUGAUUCUGGAGUUGGAAAAACGUGCCUGUUGUUUAGGUUUUCGGACGAUGCCUUUAACACAACGUUUAUUUCCACCAUAGGUAUUGACUUCAAAAUAAAGACAGUUGAACUUGCUGGGAAAAAGAUAAAGUUGCAAAUAUGGGAUACUGCUGGACAGGAGAGGUUUCACACCAUCACCACGUCCUACUACCGUGGGGCCAUGGGCAUCAUGCUUGUCUAUGAUAUCACAAACGCACGCACCUUUGACAACAUCUCAAAGUGGUUGCGCAAUAUUGAUGAGCAUGCAAAUGAAGAUGUGGAGAAGAUGAUAUUGGGGAACAAAUGUGAUAUGGAAGACAAGAGACAAAUCUCCAAAGAGAAAGGAGAAGUAAUUGGCCGGGAACACAAUAUUCCAUUUUUAGAAACCAGUGCAAAGGCUAAUAUUAACGUAGAAAAGGCAUUUAUGGAUUUAGCAGCAGCCAUAUUAAAAAAGACUCCAGGUCGCGACCCCCAGCAAUUGGGAGGCCUAGAUGUUCACAAGACUCAAGACACGGGUAGCAGAAGGUGCUGCUAACUGACUAGUGUAGAGACAUUUCUUAUAACUUUUUCAUCAUUUGGUGUCAUUAACUGCUUGCUGCUUCAUCACUGGUGGUGCUUUCAUGGUGUUCUCAUAAUGUGUGUUCCAUUGAUGUUAAUAACAAAGAAAAUGAAUGAUGAAACAUUUGCCUAAAGAUGCAUGCUUGUAAACAUUAUUUUUGAUCCCCUUUAGGCCUUUUUUCACUACUGGGGAAGGGGGUAAGGGCCUGAUACUACAGCAGGUAAAGUUUUUUUCGGUGGGUAAAUACUCAUUUAAAGGCAAAUUGUUAUCAAAUUACUAUGUUCUUACACUUGAAGAUUAAACAAACAUUGUUGCUUUUAAAUUUUGUUCUUAACCUGGGUUACAUUAUUUGUGCAACAACAGCCUCAGUUUCGCUAGAUACUAGACACCUGGGCAAUCUGUAUUUCUACAUUUCUUAUUUAGCUUUUUUAUGUUGGAAAUCCUUAAGUCUAUAGCAGAAAUUUUAAUCAUAAAAUCUAGAAGCCAUACUUCAUUAAAUUUUUUAAUGAGGACCUUGAACCUACAAUUUGUGGGCUGUUUCAUGUGUUUCAAAUUGGAAAAAAUGCAUGCAAGUCAUUUAAGUUAUUGGUAGUUUGAUUUUUUUGAGCUGAUAAUGAAGUCAUUAUUUUUUUUUAUUGAAAGUUCCAACAGAAACAAACAUUAUCCAAUACUUACAUAACAGAUAUAAACCUAACCCGACGGGAUUGAUGACUGUAUACCUUCAUUUUCAGACUAUCCAUUGCCUGCUAAUCCAGUAUAAUCACCAUUUCUAUAAUUCAAAAGCAAAAUAUUUGCAAUAUUGAUGAUAAAUGUGUUAAAGGAUUUCAUAAAGACAAACUUCUUCAUUUAAAUUAAGUAUAUUACUACAGUGAAUUGUGGUUCGGGUGUAUGCAUAAAUAAAGUAACGGUGUUUGCGAAUUGAAAUAAACAACCAUAUUUACAAUUCAGAUUGAAUUAAUUAAUUUUGCUGGGGCAAGUCGUCUCAGUACAUCUUUGGGUGUUAGAUAAAAAACACUUGCCCCUUGUUGGAUUGCUAUGUGUCUCAUAUUUGAAAAUAAUGAAGAUGGCAGAAAUUAAUAAAAGAUUGUCUGACAACUCUAUUACAUUAUUGUCCAAGUAAAGUUUGUGUGUUUUUUUUAUUGAUAGUAAUGUUUUUGAUUGUUGUUUCGAAUACUGUAAUGCUUUUUUUGGUCUAUAUGCAGUUAUGUAUGAAACUGUGAUUUUUUAAAAUGCUUAUAAAAUGGAUUUCUUUAAAAUUUUAGAGAGUUAUGUUCAUUUAUGUUAUAAAAAACUUUUGUUAGUAUUUUUGGAAAUGUCUUGUUUCUCACUCAUUGUGGGUAAAAAAAGAAUGAUAGUCCAGUUUCUUUCAUAAGGAGUCGGAUAAGUAUUAUUGUUUCAAACAUUUUUCAAUCUUGAUUUAUUUGCCACAUUUUAGUAUUUCUUCUUUAGUACAACUAAAUUUUUCCCAAAGUUAUAUUUGUUUAUUUAUUCUUUUCUGGUUUCGGGAAAUUGUUAGAUUACUUAUUUUUUUUUAUUGAAUGUUAAAUUAAUUGCUUUCAUUAAUUCCCUAUCACAUAACUAAAUUGUAAGAAAGUACUUUCUUGCUGUUAAGUUAUGUGAUAAGGAGUAAAACAUAAGGCAGCCAAAGAGCAACAAUAAGGAUUUUGCUAAAAUUAAGUAUUGCCACAUGAUUUGAAUGUAAUUUAGCAUGGUGUGAUAUAAUGGAGUGCUUUAAAUGAUGUCAUCCCAUUUGUAAUUAUCAGUUUUGGACCGUUUGAUUAUGGUCAUUGACCAAUCUUUACCCAUUAACUCCUGAAACGUUUGAGUAUCCAUAUUAAAAUUGAGGCGGGCCGUGAGGAAACUGGGCUUAAUGCAUGUGCAUAAAGUAUCCUCCCAGAUUAGCUAGUGCAGUCUGCACAGGCUUAUCAGGGACGACUCUUUCCGUUUUGAUUGAAUAUUUUGUCCUUUAUUUUGCAAUUGAUUGUUAUCUGUUGCUCUGUUGAGGAUCUAAAUUCCACUACAACAGAAUACAUUUAACGGCAACUAUGGUAAAUGAAAUUGUUUUUCUUGGAUUGGCAUCUUGCGUUAUGUGAUGAUUGGUAUAUUUUGAUGCAUUCACUCGAGAUAUUUUUUUCUUAAAAAACUUGACCAAUAAAGAAUUUUGCCUUUGGCAAUAAAAACCAUUUUAAAAAUCAGCUUCUCUUUUCACUUAUUUUUUGUGUCCUUACAAUUCAUUUUACUUUUGAGUGCAUUCUAAGAUGCAAGUGUUAUAAUAUUUUCAUAACAAGUAAGUGAGAAAUAUGUGAGAAAUAUGAUGUAAUUAAUUCAAAUUGUGUUUUUUCUAUGUUAUGAAAUGUUAAGUGUAAUUGACACUAAGUAAAGACAUUCUGGGUAUUAUGAUUUGAUUUUUUUUCAAUACCGCUGGUGAAUUUGUCAUGGUGCAAUGUACAAUGGUAGAUGUAUGUAAGAAAGUAAACUAACACAUUUUAUUGCUUUCAUUUUGCAUCACUGUCCCACAGGCAUGUGUGAAUAUAGUUAGACUAUGUUUUGACUCAAACAGUCUGAAAUAUGAUAACCUCUUUAAUAUUUGUUAACAGGAUACAAUGACUUAAAAAUUAAAAAAGGUAUUGAAUUACCAUUCAGGAAAAAUGUGAUGAUACAAAUUAUAUCUUUCUCAUCAUUAAGUAACUUGUGUUAUUUCAAUUAUGAAAUGUCACGAGAUAAAUUUAUGUUAUAUUGCCUUUUUGGUAAGAAAUACAUCUAUAAGAAUAUGCUAGCAAAAUAUAAAAGUUUACAGGGUAAUAAGUGUUAUGUAAAAACAAUCUGUCAAGUAAACAGUCAAUUACACAGAUGCUGUUUGAUUACAGAUAAAAUUAAACAGAAACAUGUCAUCUGUAUGAAUACAUUUGUGAUACACUUGGAACAAAAUGGUGCAUUUGAUCUGAACAAACUGGUGCAUUUCUGUUUCGUUUACUCCAGUUGGAUUAUUAUAACUUGGAUAGUUAAGCAGCAUAAGUCAUGUAUACAAGCAUAUUGUUAUCUAAUCAGAAUGAGUUAUAUUCCGUCUCACAUUUUUAUUUUGUUAAAGAUGUCCAUCUUUUUGAGUGUAAAAUUUCAUUGUUCAUAUAUGCUAAGUGUAUAUAUUCUAGGACACUUCUAUAUGUUUGUGAAAGUCCACAUUUGUCAGAAAGUGAAAUUUUAAAAGGUUCAUUUAUCAAAUGAUGUUAAUUUACAUAUAAAUUACUAUACUAUUAUUUAUCCUUUACUUAAUUAUGUUUAAAAUAACAAAUAUAUACAAAAUUUAAACACCAAUAUUGGUAUGUCUUUACUAAGAUUUUUUAUUGGGUUUAAUACAGUAUGAUUUAUGUGCAUUUUGUAUGGAAUAAUGUGAUUUGUUUAUUUAGACAAUUUUUAUACGCCCGUAUAAAAUACGGGACGUAUUAUGUGAAACCCCUUGGCGGGCGGGCGGCGGGCGGAAGGCAUCACUUUGUCCGGACUCUAAUUCAAAUUGUAUUCAUCCGAUCUUCACCAAACUUGGUCAGCAGUUGCAUCUAGUUGAUAUCUAGGCCAAGUUCGAAUAUGGGUCAUGCCGGGUCAAAAACUAGGUCAUAGGGUCAAUAAGUGCAUUUUCAAAGGGGCCACUUUGUCCGGACUCUAUUUCAAAUUGUAUUCAUCCGAUCUUCACCAAACUUGGUCAGCAGUUGCAUCUAGUUGAUAUAUAGGCCAAGUUCGAAUAUGGGUCAUGCCGGGUCAAAAACUAGGUCAUAGGGUCAAUUAGUGCAUUUUCAACGGCGCCACUUUGUCCGGACUCUAAUUCAAAUUGUAUUCAUCCGAUCUUCACCAAACUUGGUCAGUAGUUGCAUCUAGUUGAUAUCUAGGUAAUACACCUCAUUUACAUUUAUCAUCCGCUGAACACUUAUCGAACUUGAUAGCAAUAAAAACCGCUAUAAGCAUCUUAUAAAGGUGAAUUACAGACAGCCUUGGUAUUCAUGCUGAUAUAAAAUGUAAAAGCAAACAGUAUUUAAACAUUCAAACCAAAUAUUUAUUUCAGUUUUUAGGGAACUAAUUUCAAGAUAAGUAAUAUCAGUACAGGAAAUACUGCCAUUCUAUACCUAUGUAGGUCUAAACAAUUAUGAUUUAAAUAUUGUGUUUUAGAGAACAAAUGAGACUAAGUGUACACUUAUUGAUAUCAAUGCAUAUAUAUGAAUAUAUCAGUUAUAUAAGUUGUUGUUGUUUUUUUUGCUUAUUUCCAAAACAAAUACAUCAAUCAUCAGUGUAUCAUCUCCAAUGGCACACGAAUCGGGCGUAUAUUGCUCCGUCAUGCGGCGCUCUUGUUUAAUUCUGGUAUUUCUUAAAGUUUUUUGUUAAGUGAGCUUUCACAUAUGUUAGUAUGGCUCGUAAAAGCAAAAACAAUUCACAAACACCUGUAUAAAUGUUAGAUGUACUGUGUAAAUGUAUGUAGUUUUAUGUGUAAUUUUGCCAUUGGUUGUGAAAUUGGAUUAUUUAAGUGUUAUAAUCAUAGACAAAGAAAGAUCAGGAAUACACAUUAUUUUACUGAGUAUUGAGCAUACAAUCGCUUGGUUAUAUUGAACUAAAAAUGAAGCUGAAACAAGUAUUUACCAGUACCACAUGUGUGUAUUGUAUGUAUGUCAGUCAUAAGUUUUGGAUCAAGCUUUCGUAGAACAAAAGAAUGGCUUAUUGUUAACCCUCAUGUGUCAAUUUAAACCAUAUCAAACGAUGGGCUAAUUAUGCAGACAAUUAAGAUACCUUGGAGUUGAACAAUAUUUUUUUAAUUGCCUUUGAAAUGUCUCAAGAAGUUGAUUUAAUGUGUUUAAGAACAUGGUAAAGCUUGUUUAAUAAUUAAUGGCUUUAUUGACAACGGGCUGGAUUUGUUGCUGAUAGGCAUUUGGUUUUGCAAAAUGGAGUUAAAUAUGUAAUACUUGGGAAGGUAUUUUUAGAAAUGGCUUUGUUAACACAAAGCAAUAUUCACAAAAUGUGUUUAUGUUUGAUUGUCAACUAAAAGAACUGUUCUUGUUAUAAUGUAAUUCAUAAAACAUGUAUUUUGUGUAUGUUAUCUUCUUAUAUUGUGUACGUGCUUUUAUAGUCAAAUAAUACCAUUACAUGUAGUGAAAUAAGUGUAUUAUUAAUAAUUAUUUUUUUCACUAACGUCAUAUCUAAGUUUAUUAAUACUACAGGUAUAUUUCUACUUGAUAAUCUUAAAUUCAACAUUGUUCAGUAAAUAUAAAUCAGACAAUAGUACUGCUUUGGUAUUUAAUCGAUGUUGUAUUAUAUCUUGAUAAACUUGGAAUCGACAGGACUACGAAAUACGCUCAGAGAACACACAUAAGUUAACAUUUGUGAUACAAAUUCAAAUACAAAUGUGAGUUGUAGAUUAAUGGUCAAACACAAUAAUAGAAGAGAAAAGAACCCUGUCAGGAGCAUAUUUUUGCCAUCAUUAAAGGACUCUCAAAUAACAACCGAAAUGCUAAGCAUGGCAGAAAGGUGUUGCAAACAACAACUAUUGAUUUAAGCUUGCAGAAAAACGUGAAUGUAGAGACUCUACGUUACGCAAGAGACUAGGCUGCAUGGAGUGGGUCAUGCGUGUCAUAAGAACGAUAGAGUGGGUCAUGCGUUUCAUAAGGAAUAGGUAUCGUUCACAUAAAGUUGGACAUUAUUUUUAUUAUAAAAUGUUGCUUGUUUCUAGUGUCCGAUAUGAUGUCCAACGUUGUAGGCCUACGUAGCGAUUUGCUUGUAAAUUAUGAAAGCUAUAUUGGUUUAGGUUGAAACAUUAGUUCGGUGCUUAUUUUGAUAGCUCCGUCAAAGUAAAUUUUUCUAAAUUGCAAACGUGAUGCUUUAACCUUUCUUGAAGUUAGUCGGCGAUGCAUUUUUAUUUGCGAACCCUUAAAAUAAGAAAAAAAUAUUGUUGUGACCUAAAUACCAUUUGAUGAAAAACAAUAUGUGAUUUUCGAUAUAAAGUGCAUAAAAUGCAACUUUCAGUUCAUGGUGUGUCACUUCACUUGUUUUCCUUUAUAUUUAUAUUUUUAUUUGCAUGUCUGUCAACAUAUGUAUUAGUAUAAUAAACAAAAUAAGAACAA